AUUCCUAUUUUGUCUUUUCUCUCUCUCGUCUCUCUCGCCAUUGUUACGCUCAGAGAGGUUUCUGUUCACCCCUUUGUUCACUAAUAGUAAUCGACGCGAAGAAGAUGAAGUGAAGCUCCGAAAGGAAAGGUUAUCACCGUUAAGAUGAUAACGGCGUUAAAUUUGAUUUUAGCGGUGAUCGUAAUCGGAGUCUCCGUCUCUUCUUCUUCUCCGGAACGUUGUGACGGAGCAUGCGGCGGAUCGAUCCUGCCAUAUCCUUUCGGAUUCUCACACGGUUGUCCGAUCCGAUUCGACUGUUCCUCCGCGGCGGCGGGGAGGAAGCAAGCGAGGAUCGGAGGUUUCUCCGUGCAGAACGUGACGGGAGACAGCGUGUUCGUCCGCGUCCCGCACGACUGUCACCGGAGCGUGGAAGACAUGGGACCUCUCUUCGGCGAGCAUUACGCGCCGACGACGUCGGACAACAGCUUCCUCAUGGAGCGGUGCGCGAAUGCGACGACCGAUGGGUGCUCGAUCAAGCAGAGGUUUCUCGAGACGCAGCUGAAGCUGCAGAGCUGCGAAGCUCAGGGAAACGUGAGCUGUUUCUCCUCCGCGGAUACGAACAACUCGAGUUCGAGCAAGUUUUUCAGCAUGAAGGAUUUGAGGAAGAGCUCGUGCGAGCUGUUGUUCUCUUCGAUUGCUUUUGAGUCUGUUGGUGCGAGUUUGGGGAUAGCGCUUGAGUUUGAGAGGGUUAGGUUGGGUUGGUGGCUGAAGGGAGGAUGUGGAGCUGGAAACUCAACUUGCUCGGCUGAUGCUGAUUGUGAGGAGGUUGAUACUCCUGAUGGGAGUGCAGGACACCGGUGCUCGUGUCCCGUUGGUUACCAUGGGGAUGGGUACAUUGAAUCUCCUUGCAAGAAAGCAUUACCGAAGUGCCGUGGUUCGAGGCUUGUCUGGGGACACUGUAGAUCUAAUCUUGCUAUUGUUGUAGGAGGAACUGUCGGUGGGGCAUUCUUGCUAGCUGGCUUGGCUCUUUUGUUCGUUUGUAAGCAGAAACGGUCUGCUUCUUUGAGAAGCCACUUAAGUGCAAAGCGGCGUCUUUUGUCUGAAGCUACAGGCAACUCGAAUGUCGCUUUCUUCCCUUAUAAGGAGGUGGAGAAAGCAACGAAUGGUUUCUCUGAAAAGCAGAGGCUAGGAACAGGCGCAUAUGGUACUGUCUAUAAAGGGAAGCUCCAAAACGAUGAAUGGGUUGCUAUCAAAAGACUCAGACACAGAGAUUCAGAGAGUGUUGACCAAGUCAUGAAUGAGAUCAAGCUUCUUUCCUCCGUGAGUCACCCGAAUCUUGUCCGGCUCUUAGGAUGCUGUAUUGACCAAGGCGACCCGGUUCUCGUUUAUGAGUUCAUGCCAAAUGGAACUUUAUCAGAACAUCUUCAGAGAGAGAUAGGGGACGGUCUUCCAUGGACGGUGCGUCUCACUGUUGCCACUCAAACAGCUAAAGCAAUCGCGUAUCUCCACUCUGCAAUGAACCCGCCAAUCUAUCACCGUGACAUCAAGUCCACCAACAUCCUUCUCGACUACGAUUACAACUCCAAAGUUGCAGACUUCGGACUCUCUAGGCUUGGCAUGACUGAAACUUCCCACAUCUCAACGGCUCCUCAAGGGACCCCUGGUUAUCUCGACCCGCAGUAUCAUCAAUGCUUCCAUCUCUCUGACAAGAGCGACGUCUACAGCUUCGGAGUCGUUCUUGCUGAGAUCAUAACAGGGUUGAAAGCUGUUGACUUCACUCGUCCGCAUACCCAAAUCAACUUAGCUGCUCUUGCUGUCGACAAAAUCGGGUCAGGCUGUCUCGACGAGAUCAUAGACCCGAUUCUCGACGUGAGUCUAGACGCGUGGACUCUCUCGUCAAUACACACCGUGGCUGAGCUUGCUUUCCGGUGCUUAGCCUUCCACAGUGACAUGAGACCGACGAUGACUGAAGUAGCAGACGAGCUUGAACAGAUACGCCUCAGUGGUUGGAUUCCAAACAUGGGUUUGGAUUCGCCGAGUGGGAGCGAAAGAUCAGCAACAGUUAAAAAGGCAUCAGCAGGAAGCAGAAGACAUGUUGUCCCUCCCAAGCAACCGGAUAUCCUCGCUUUUGUCGAAGAGAAGGACGAUAGCUCACCAGUGUCGGUUCAAGAUACUUGGUUAAGUGCACAGAGCUCACCUUCUACAAACACAUUGCUUGGUAACAUUCCCAGGUGAUAAUGAACUCAACGCACUUUUUACCACUUUAUAAAUGACCUUUGUGUAGCUUGUCACAUCAUUCAGUGUUCAUAAUGGUAAGUAAAAGAGGAGAUUAACGGUGGAUAAUACAGUUUUAUACAUAAGUAAAAACGAUCUUGAAACAGGAUCUUUCAGUCA